AUGGCAGUCCCCCGAUCCAUGUUGCUACAACUGGGGCUGUCUCUGUGCUGUGCACUGUACUUUUCUUCUGCCAGCCCUACACAUUACAAAGACAACUGCAUGGUCUUUGACACAUUCGUCACCACCAACAACUCCAACAUCACAGUCACCCCAGACGUCUUUGAGAACAACACAAACUACACAGUAUGGGUUCCUGUGAACGACAAUGACAGCGCUGUGGUCCUGCAGGCCUUUGACAAGAACAGCCACUCAGUGGGCUUCUGGCAAGACGCAGAUGAGGACUGCAACCGCAGCGCCCUGUAUCACGUGACCAGCUUCAAGCACCCACUCCUCAAGGCAAACUGGAUAGUCUCUGGUUCUGAAGACUUAACUGAAGUUGAGCUGCAAGUCUUCACUGUCAAUCUCAACCGGACGGCUACACUUUCUUCUCUGAAACUAGGAGGAAAAGUGACAGCCACACCCUGGACCUCCAACCACAUGAACAGCCUGACCACAAUCCCAACCAUAGCCAAGACCACAACCAAUACCACCAUCAAGACCACCACCAUGACUACAAACAUGACUACAACCAUGACUACAUCCAGGACCACAUCCAGGACCACAACCCUAGCCACAACGAAAAGCUUGGCCGUCAGAGCACUCAGCAGUCCCAUUGCAGGUGCCAUCCACAUCCUGCUUGUUUUUCUCACCAGCAAACUCCUCUUCUAA